GGAAAUAUGACAAAUCUUGGCCACAUUUCGAAACGUGCCGCCGAGACGAUGCAAUCUGCCGCGAAGACGUUCGCCCGCCGCUUCAGCACCUCCCUUUCUCCCCGGGAUGUCGUUAUCGUGAGUUACGCGCGUACUCCCAUCGCGACGUUUAACGGUGCUUUUGCGUCGCUCACUGCGCCGGAACUUGGCGCGAUUGCCAACAAAGCUGCGAUUGAGCGCGCGGGGAUCUCUGUGGAUGAAAUCCAAGAAGCGUACUUGGGGAAUGUCGUGUCCGCUGCCAUUGGCCAAGCCCCGGCUCGCCAAUCUGUGCUCAAAGCUGGUAUCCCUGACUCGGUGCCUUGCACGACCAUUAACAAAGUGUGCGCGUCCGGCAUGAAGUCCGUUGCCAUGGCGGCACAAAGCAUCCUCGCCGGUAGCCAAGAUGCCAUGCUUGCCGGUGGAUUCGAAAGCAUGUCCAACAUUCCGUAUUACUUGCCCAAGGCUCGCACGGGUUACCGCUUGGGUGAUGGAAAGUUGGUUGAUGGGGUGAUCCACGAUGGUCUAUGGGACCCGUACAACAACCAGCACAUGGGAUUAUGCGGUGAAAAGUGCGCUGAAGAAUACGGCAUUACGCGCGAAGACCAGGACAAGUACGCGAUCGAAAGCUACACCCGCGCUGCCAAUGCUGCCAAGGCCGGCAAGUUUGCCGCCGAAAUCACGCCCGUAACGAUUGCCCAGCGUAAGGGCGACCCGAAGGUUGUCACCGACGACGAAGAAAUUUACAACGUCAAGGUUGACAAAAUCCCGUCGCUUCGCGCGGCGUUCAAGAAAGACGGUACGGUCACCGCCGCCAACGCUUCGUCGUUGAACGAUGGCGCUGCUUCCUUGCUUUCUACGUGUGCGCAUGUUGCCGCAUCGGACGCUCCAUGACGCAUCCGCCGCUCAAGAUUUUGACCUGUCUGUAGGUGUUGAUGUCGGCUGAAAAGGCGAAAUCGCUCGGACUCAAGCCGCUUGCUCGCAUCUUGGGCUUCGGCGAUGCUGCCCACAAACCCGUCGACUUUACGACGGCACCUGCCAAGGCCGUACCGAUCGCCGCCAAGCACGCCAAGUUGAACGUCAAGGACAUUGAGUACCACGAAAUCAACGAAGCGUUCUCGGUUGUCGCCCUCGUCAACAUGCACCUCAUGAACUUGGACCACAGCCGCGUGAACGUAAACGGCGGUGCCGUCGCCCUCGGUCACCCCAUCGGGAUGAGCGGUGCGCGCAUUGUCGGCACACUCAUCCACGUGCUGGAGCAGAACGAUGCUACGAUUGGCGCUGCGUCCAUCUGCAACGGCGGCGGCGGCGCUGGCGCCUUGAUCCUCGAGCGAUUGUAACUCAACAAAUGAACAGGUCAUGUCCAAA